AGUUCACGGAUCUCCACAAACAGGUGAUCGUGGAUUUGAUGCAAUUGGCGACCAGUCACUACUCGGAGGUGAGGUGUCAGUCGCAGGACACGCUGUUCAACUGUUUCCGGUCGUUCCCCUACUCGUACCGCCUCUGUCUACCGGAUCUGCUCGCAAACAUAGCCAAAGAACAGCCCGAAAAUCACGAACAAUUUAAGGGCUCGCUGUAUGUGAUACUCGGCCGCCGCGGGAGCUCACUGUUGACGUCACACGACUGGUCAACGCUGAACGCUUUAUGGCCGGCGCUGGUCGACGCCAAGCACUCGGAGAAGCCGAGUAUUAUCCGCUUAUUAGACUUGGAGAUCACGGGCUAUGUUCGCAAAUACUUUGACACAUUGGCGCUGAGUGUGGACAUACCGGACCAGUGCGUGGCCGCAGCCAAACGGGUCUGGACUGACAACAAGAGUCUCCCGAAACCGGCGUUUGAUUGCCCGACGGAUACGGAGAUACGAAACGCUUUAAUCAUCGCUCAAAAGCGCAACCAAACAAACACCGAUCUGUACACCGAUUUGAUCGAGAAGUUGGUGUCACUGAUGAACGGUUCCAACGGAUCCAAUCUGCAUUGGCGAUAUUAUCAGUUGUCAAACGUGAUGUUAAGUAUGCUUAUCAGACACGACAUCCCACUGCCGGCCAGUGCUGUCAACCUGUUCACGAAGAACCUGAUCCACGACACGCUAUACAUCCGCAAGAUAUCGAUCGCGUCGUACAGCGCUGUACUC